AUGAACGUGUUUCGCAGCAGCCAGAGUACCAAGGCCGAUACCGCCCCUCUAUUUGCAACCUACCUCCUCCCAAGCCUCAAAAUACCCUUCUUCCGGCGGCGUCAGAGCUCAGCUACCACCACGUCUACCGCGGCCAGUAAUGAUAUCCCCUCACUGAGCAGCUCGCCCUUUUCCGCCGCCUCCCUCGACGAUGACCUCCCGUACUCCCCUACCACAAGCAUCCCAGGCGUCGAGACCCACACCUUCCAUUUAGACGACGACAAACCAUCGUCCCAAGCUCCCCAGCAACAGUCCCGAACCCGUCGCAACUCGGACCGUCCCCGCCUGUCCCGGCCCCUACCCGACGUCCUCCGCUGCAGCACCUGCGGCACAGACGUCGCCUACGGGCUACAGGUCGUCUCCAAGGGCUUCACGGGCCGGCACGGGCGCGCCCUGCUCGUCUCGCCUCCGCUGGCCUCCGCAACCCCGUCCUGCCCCGGCCCACCUUUCGGCGCGGGCUCCCCGGCGAGUGGCACGGCGCCGGCGCCGCCCAACUCCAACUCGUACAGCUCGCUCGCGCGCGACGGCACGAACCUCGUCAACGUCACCGUCGGCACCCCCGAGAAGCGCAGCCUCGUCACCGGCAUGCACGUCGUGGCCGACAUCACCUGCUCGACCUGCGGCGUCAAGAUCGGCUGGAAGUACGUCGACGCCCGGGAGCAGGCGCAGAAGUACAAGGUCGGCAAGUUCAUACUCGAGACCGAGCGGGUCGCCCUGCACCGGAGCUGGGAGGACGCCGCGCCUGGCUCAGGGGGCGAGGAUGGGCCGCCGAGGGGCCAUUUCUACUCCUCUUCCGCGCCCGCAGAAGGGUUGGGUGGCGGGAGGAGGGCGUUCGGGCUCGGUGCGCGGCGCAAGGUGAGUUGUAGCUCGGAGGAGACUGGUGUUGCGGAUGGCGGCCUUGACGAGGAGGAAGACGAGGACGGCAGUGUGGCGCAGAGCGACGGCGAGGUCAUGUUUGACUCGGAGGAUGAGGACGAGUGCGAGGACAUCUUCGCUGGCAUCUGGGAUGCCGCCACGGUUGCACGGCGCCGGGGGUCCAGGGUUUAUGCGAACGCUGGGAAGAGGGGUGGAGGCCGUCGCUAG